UUCACAAGUUUUAGUUUCUCUUACUUCUCCCCAAAAAUGGCGGCAGAGGUGUAACUGUAAUCCCUAAUCUUCUACUCUACAUGCGAUCAAUCGCAAGAAUGAAAAGACCAAAAUCUCCCUUGACUCCGUGCCCUUCAACCCCUCCACCGCCGCAUCACCGCCAAUCCUUCACAAAGCUCAUCACUUCCGUUUCCACAAAACGCCGCAACAUUCUCCAAAAUCCCCAACCACUCCCCACCUCCGCCGCUGAGAUCAAUUGGAAGCCACUCAACAUCACCAAAUCCGAGCUCUAUCUACCGCUCACAUUCCCCACUGGCCAGACGUUCCGGUGGAAGAAAACCGGGCCGCUGCAGUACACCGGCCCAAUCGGGCCCCACCUCAUCUCCCUCAAGCAGCUCGAAGACAACGGCGUGGGGUAUUUCUGUCAUUUCACGGACGACGAGGACCGCGCAAGGACCGAGCUUUUCGAUUUUCUGAACAUGGGCAUUUCGCUGAAUUCGAUUUGGGACGAAUUUAGGGCCGCCGAUUCGAGGUUUGCUGAGCUCGCGUUGCAUUUGGAGGGGGCUAGGGUUUUGCGGCAGGAUCCCUUGGAAUGUCUGAUCCAGUUUAUUUGCUCCUCGAAUAAUAAUAUUCAGAGGAUUACGAAAAUGGUGGAUUUCAUCUCGUCCAAGGGGAGAUUUCUGGGGAAUGUGGGAGAAUUCGAGUUUUACGAGUUUCCGUCGAUUGAGAAGCUGGCGCUGCUGUCUGAGGCCGAGCUUCGAGAGGCUGGUUUUGGGUACAGGGCUAAAUAUAUUGUUGGCACUGUCGCAGCUUUGCAAUCAAAGCCUGGAGGGGGUCAGGAGUGGCUUGCUUCUCUUCGUAAACUAGAUCUUCAAGACUCGGUUGGCGGUCUCUGUAGUUUACCUGGUGUUGGCCCGAAGGUUGCUGCGUGCAUUGCUCUUUUCGCUUUGGAUCAUCAUCACGCCAUUCCUGUCGAUACUCAUGUGUGGAAGAUCGCUACCAGGUAUCUCCUUCCUGAACUGGCAGGCACCAGCUUGACACCACGAAUCUGCAGUCGUGUUGCGGAUGCUUUUGUGAGCAAAUAUGGGAAGUAUGCUGGAUGGGCGCAGACCCUGCUCUUCAUCUCUGAACUCCCUUCUCAGAAAGCUAUGUUGCCACCAAGCGUCUGGGAGGCUGACAAAGGAAGAAGCUCAGUCGAGAUUCAAGUUAAAAGCGAGGUAGUACAAGAAACAAAGGGAAUUCCCCGCAGCAAAAGAAAAUUGAUUGGUAAAUGAGAAGAUUAGAGGGAGACGGUGCGUUGCUGAAAAGGGCGAAAAUCGGGGUUGUUGCUUACAAGUUGAAGCAGCUUAUCUGGACAUGGUGAUGGUUUUGUUUCACUGGUUCAUGCUACAACUGCUAGAGAAGCUUGCUUGAUCUAGCAAAUGUAGAUUCAAGAAAUGAGUAUUUAGGUGAUGAAACAAUAUUCUCUCUGUACAACGUAGAUUCUUUGUAACACAUUCAUGCAAUUUACUAAUUGGUUGUUUGAAAUAAAUUGUGUGAGAGACACUUGAUUUUUGUUUACAA